AUGGACGGAGCCGCGCGAUGGGCUCGCCUGUUCAUUCUCCUUCCGGCCGUCGCUGCCGUCUUGUUGCCUCAAUUCACCGCCACCGUGAGCAGGGGAGACGGGCGGCACCGCCACCCCCUUCGCAGCCGCCGGCGGAGCCACGACUACCCCGCUGCGCUGGAGAAGUGCCUGCUCUUCUUCGAGGGACAGAGGUCCGGGAAGCUCCCCUCCUCCCAGAGGCUCGACUGGAGGGGAGACUCUGGCCUCCAUGACGGGGACCAGAUCGGGGUAGUGUCCCACAACCUGACUCUUCUCUGCAGUUCUUGGCAAAAAGAUUGAUUGAUUCCUCAGGUUGAUCUGGUCGGCGGCUACUACGACGCCGGCGACAACGUGAAGUUCGGAUUCCCCAUGGGCUUCUCCACGACGGUGCUGUCAUGGGGCGUCGUCGACUUCGGGAGGUACAUGGGUCUCAGCUGCGACACGCGAGGGAAGCGCUGCGCUGGGCUACCGACUACCUGCUCAAGGCCACCGCCGGCGCCGGCAGGGUCCACGUCCAGGUCGGCGACCCUUAUGGCGAUCACGGCUGCUGGGAGAGGCCCGAGGACAUGGACACCAGCCGCUCCGUUACACCGUGGACGGGGCGAGGCCCGGCUCGGAGGUGGCCGCCGAGACGCCGGCGGCGCUGGCAGCGGCGUCGGUCGUCUUCAGGUCUGCAGAUCCCGCCUACGCCGCCAAGCUUGUAGAGAGGUCGAUCAUGGUACUGCAACAGAUCCUUCUCCUUUACUAUGAAUCAGUCCUUGACGCUUGAUGACUGCCGAUGGAAUGUCUGGCUGUUCAGAUCUUCGCCUUCGCCGACGCCAACCGGGGAUCGUACAGCCAGAGCCUCGGCAGCACGGUGUGCCCAUUCUACCGUGACUUCAGCGGCUACGAGGUGAGCUGAGCUGCCCAUUCUACUGUGACUUCCCCAUAUUCCCUGAUCUGCCAGUGUUCGGCAGGAUGAGCUCGUCUUGGCGGCGGCGUGGAUAUACAAGGCGAGCAAUAUCACAUUCUAUCGGGAGUACGUCGCGAAGAACAUCGACCAACUGUACAUAGACGGGGGCAACGUCGGAGAGUUCGGCUGGGACGAUAAGCACGCUGGUGUCUACGUCCUCGUCGCAGAAGUAAUUCGCCGCUCCGCCGCCCUCAUCUUCUACCCCUCGCUUCCUCCGUUCACCGGCUCUGUGGAUGUAGAACUCCAUCCUGGACGUGCGCUCUGCGGUAGAGGAGAAAGCCGACUCGUUCGUGUGCUCGGUGCUGCCGGAGUCGCCCACCAGGCCUGUCGACCACUCCCCAGGUGCUCUUUAUCAUCAAUGGAGUAUUUCUCUGCAGAAUCCGGCGCUGGCCAUGGGGAUCCAGAUAACGAGGCCCUGCAUGCCUGCAGGUGGGCUUCUAUUCAAGACGGGGGGGAGCAACUUGCAGCACACUGCCGCGCUCUCCUUCCUUCUCGCGGUGUACGCCCGCCACCUCUCGCGCACUGGGCGGACCGUCCGUUGUGGCGGCGGCGUCGUGGCACCUCCGUCUGCUCUCGUUCGACUUGCCCAAUCUCAGGUGGCGACAUUUUCUCUCUCUCUCUCUCUCUCUCUCAUGGCGGCGGGAACUGGGGCAGGUGGACUAUAUACUCGGCGACAACCCACUGAACAUGUCCAACAUGGUGGGAUACGGCGGCAGGUUCCCCCGGAGGAUCCACCACCAAGCGGCGUCGCUGCCGUCGCUAGAGCGCCACCCGACCCGCAUCGGCUGCGGGGAGGGGACUCCCUACUACCUGAGCCAGGAUCCCGACCCGAACCUUCUCAUCGGCGCUAUCGUCGGCGGCCCAAACAUCUCCGACGCAUACCCAGACUCACGGGCAAUGUUUCAGAGCUCGGAGCCCGCCACCUACAUCAAAGCCCCCCUGGUCGACCUCCUCGCCUAUCUCAGUCGCCGGAGAUGA